AUGGCUCUGGAGAGUCUGAAUGAUGGAAUCUUCUCUGAGAAAACUGAUGUGUGGUCAUUUGGAGUGACAUGUUGGGAGGUGUUCUCAUUGGGGAAGAACCCCUACCCUGGAGUGGACCCCUUUUCCCUCAUCAGAUAUCUGGAGAGAGGAGAGAGACUGGACAAGCCUCUCAAUGCUGCCUGCUCCCAGGAAAUGUGGGGAGAUGAACAGUUUACUCUUUAUAGCUGUCUUCUCUCUGUGUAUAUCAUCAUAUAUGAUGUGAUGAAGGAGUGUUCGGAGCGGAAGCCAUGGAAGAGACCAAGUUUCUCUCAACUGGUGACUGUCAUCUCCACUAGUCUAGAGAGAAUGGCUGGAUAUCUGGACCUCAACUCUCUGGUUCCUACCACUGACAUGAAAACAAUAGUCUUUUAGUUUAGCCUACUGUAACACAUAGUGGGUUAUAUAUGUAGCUAAAUAAUCUCUGAGU